GGGGCGCUCUAUACUCCUCUGUGCCCGUCUUCAUAUGGUUUAACCAGUGAAGCUGCUGACAGACUUACACAAGGUUAUGGCUCUGACCAGCAGCUAGAAGAACCAAACCAAUGACAUCGACGGCGAAUGAAAUCUCAGGAAAUGGAUGUUUUGGAUAUAAAUCGUCAACCUGUUCAUCUGAAUGAUACGGUGAGUUUUAAUGUGAUGUUACAUACUACAUGCACGUGCUUGUUUUUUGUUAACCCAUUCUCCGGAUACUAGGGACAACCAACGCCAUCCUUGGGGUUAGCUAUUUGUAUGUCAUUAUAUCACAAUAUGGCGAAAUUUAUACCCUCAUAUAAUUCCUCUUCGGCUUGUGUAACGUUAACUACAAGCUAGUUGACGGUGGUAGGUGGUGGGAAACAACACAGGUAUCCAGACACGUUAUUUUCUGUGUUAAAUAGGUGACUAUUCGUGACAAUAAAAGUUAAUACUAUGAAGUAGUACCUUUAUAAAACUGUAACAGACUAAAACUGUCCGUUGAAAUACGGUUUAUUCUUUGUUUUGGCUUCUUUGGGUUUGUGCGCAAGCGCAGUGGCCUCUUAUAAAUUUAAAGGUACAGCAGGAUACGUAUGUCAAAACCAGGCAGCCUCAUUAAUAAAAGCCAGACGAUAUAGCUCACGAAAUAUGAAAAUAUGUCUAUAAACGCAGUCACUGUUAACAUUGUUGAUUUUGAUUGUCCGUAGAAAAGCCUCAAAGACAAAGACUCGGAUGGCAGAAAUGGUGUUGAGCCGGAAGAUGAGCCCCUGCUCCGUGAAAACCCCAGACGGUUUGUCAUUUUCCCAAUCCAGUACCCCGACAUCUGGAAGAUGUACAAGCAAGCUCAGGCCUCAUUCUGGACGGUGGAGGAGGUGAGUGUCACAGUGGUUUUCAUAUUGCUCCUCUGGAACAUAGGGGAGAGUGGGGUAAGUCGAGCCACCUCCUGUAAAAGAAAUUGAUCAUGUGACCAAAUAUUUAGGAGAUGUGCAUCAAUUCAUGGAGUCUGUGAAGGUUCGAAGCACAUGGGUCAACUUACUCUGCUCCUAUGGUCAAUUUACCCCAUACACGGAAAAGGUUGACCAUAGGAGACCACUUUUUUGGGCAUGCUAUAUUAUCAAGACAGUUAUGUUUACACUCAUUCUGUUAGUUUGCAGGGAUGCACAACAUUCUGAAAUAUAUGCAGAUACACCAGUUAGAGACAAAUCUAUGAUUGCCUUGAUGUAGAGAUCUGAAAUGUGAAAAGUGGCUCAUCUUACCCCACUCUCCCCUACUACCUGUUCACAAAAACAUAGAAAAAAACUAUGUGUUGUUGAUUUUGUGUCUUUAGGUCGAUCUGUCCAAAGACUUGGUUCACUGGGACAGUUUGAAGCCUGAGGAGAAACACUUCAUCUCCCAUGUGCUCGCCUUCUUUGCUGCAAGUGAUGGCAUUGUCAAUGAGAACCUGGUGAGAGUUCACAUGCAAAACUGGCAACCUAAAGAGACAAUUUUACUUUUAUAUACUAUGCUUUCUGGAAGUAUUUAUGAAUGGCAGCCUCAAUGUGUGAUAUUGCUUCACCUCAAUGUCAACUACUCAUCACACAAUGAUGGAUUUUGACCUUGUUUGUGUAUCUAUCACACCUAACAGGUGCAAAGGUUCUGCCAAGAGGUGCAGGUUCCUGAAGCACGCUCCUUCUACAGCUUCCAGAUCCUCAUCGAGACUGUCCACUCAGAGAUGUACAGCAUGCUCAUCAAUACUUACAUCAGAGAUCUGAAGGAAAGGUUGGUGUAUUUCUCUUUUUUGGCUACGAAUGACACAGCUGAAGUGAAUAAUCUUUGUUACGGGUUGUGAAAAUGCAGUGGUGAAGAUAAUGUGUAUUUGCCUCUGUGCUUUUGGAGCAACUUCCAAGCCACAUACAGAUAAAUUCUGGCACUAUGUUGAUCUAACAUUAAAACAAACCGUAAGAAAAACACCUGUUCACACAGAUCAAGUCAACUGAACUUUGUGGUGAGUGUGUUGCGUUUCCAGCUGCAGCAUCUUAGAUAUAAAGAGAAAAAUGUGCUUGAUUUGCACAAACAGGGUACAGGAAAAAGUAUCAAAAUGGCACGUUUUAUUAUUUUGCAGCAUUGGUAUAACUCUCUACCUUUAUAUGUUCUCCACUAUUUGCGCACACUUUUAGUCUUAAAGGAACAGUGUAAGUCAUUUGAUACUAUUUGCAGGUACUCUGUUUGUCAAGCUGAGCCAUAUGUUAGUCUCUUAAUACGGAUUUUUGUUUUCUCAUGCUGUGUCUCAGGGACUACCUCUUUAAUGCCAUCCAGACUAUGCCCUGUGUGAAGAGAAAAGCAGACUGGGCCCUCCAGUGGAUAAAUGACAGCAAGUCCACAUUUGGUAAGGAGUAAACACCAUAAUCUUUCAAAUCACAAAUAGAUGUGAGCUCCAUGGAUCGAUGAGAAAGCCAUUUAAUUUUUACACAUUUUGUCUUCAGGGGAGCGACUUGUUGCCUUCGCAGCAGUGGAGGGCAUCUUCUUCUCCGGCUCAUUCGCUGCUAUCUAUUGGCUCAAGAAGAGAGGACUGAUGCCAGGCCUUACCUACUCCAAUGAGCUGAUUAGUAGGGAUGAGGUGAGGACUGAAAAACAAAACCACCUGGGAUUGAAGAACAAGACAGAACAUUUAAUCUAAUUAAGGCUCACAGAAUGGGAAGUUAAUUUUCACUAAAUGAACUGAAGAUUUUUAUAAUCGAUGUAGACAUUAAUUUUUAAACAUGAAUUAAGUUUCUGAGUUUUGUACUUGGGUAUUGUUAUAUAGUUUAUAUUUUCUACUUUUUUUAUAUAACUGAACAGAUGGCACCAAAGGACAACAUAAAUUAAACAUUUGUUAACCAUUAAUUUGGUUAUCUUUUCUUGGGGAAAAAAUCCAUUUUGUUUUAGUAUAGCAGUCAGGCCAAUGUUGUGGAGUGUAAAUGAUAAUAAUAGAAGCAUAUUUAAUAUUCCACAUCCCCUGCUUUAAAGCUUAUUGUGACCUUUUGGGGAUAAGUUUUUCUUCAAGUCCCACACUUUGCUGUUAAAUAUGAUUAAUUUAAGUUUAAUUUAAAUUAAGUGCUUGGUUGCCCAAAAUUAUUUAAGGUAUUGACUAUUUAAUGGUAUGUGGUGCAUCAGCAAAUCAAUACUUGACGAUGGUUAGUUUAUAAAGAGUAGACAAUCACCUAGAAAAGGUUUGACUUUUUUUUGUCAUAGAUUUGAAUAGCCAAUUUAUGCACAUGUUGCACAUGAACACAGUUAAUGCCUGUUACCCAUCUAUCACUUAUUGGGACAUGUGUAUCAAUCUGCUUUAAGGGCCUGCACUGCACCUUUGCCUGCCUGCUGUACAGCUACCUUUUGAAGAAGCCAUCAGAGGAUCGUGUGAAGGACAUCAUAACCAAAGCUGUUAGCAUCGAGCAGGUCAGUGACCACAGGAGGGAUAUUCUGAAUUUUUUUCACUGUUAACCUUGUCUAUGCUGCUUUAAGUCAGAGUAAAUUGGUUGUAGAGUAACAGUCAAUGCUCUGUAACUGAAAUUGCUUAUUUGAAAAUACAACAUUCUUGGUAGCUCAUACUAGUUGGUGUUUGAUGUUGCAGGAGUUUUUGACAGAGGCCUUGCCGGUCGAUCUUAUCGGAAUCAACAGUUGUCUGAUGAAGCAGUACAUUGAGUUUGUGGCUGACCGGCUUCUCACAGACCUCGGACAGGCCAAGGUAAUUUAAUUUAUUAGAAAGAGAGAAAAGAAAGUAUUUUUAUGUACAUUUAUUGACUAGAUGAUUUUCAUUUGGUACCAUCCAGAUUUUUUGAAACCUUUGCCUUUCUAUGUAGUAACCUUUUUACUAUCCCUUUUACUCAAGGUCUACCAAGCAGAAAAUCCAUUCGACUUCAUGGAAUCCAUUUCCCUGGAGGGGAAAACCAACUUCUUUGAGAAACGUGUUGCAGAGUAUCAGAGAUUCGGUGUUAUGUCAAGUGUAAUGGACUGUGAAUUCACUCUAGAUGCUGAUUUCUGAAACAGAGAUUUUCUACUGUUAAAUAUUUAUUUAUUUAUUAGUUAUAUUCCUUGUUUUUUGAAAGUUAUUCUCAAAAAUUAGCCAAUUAGGGGUUACAAUGCUGUCAUAGUAUUACACAGGUCAAAGGAAUAGUUAAAGUUACUCUUUUCUGGGAAUAGGGUUUGAGAAUUAUUCCUUGGGCUAGUGUAGCUCGCAAAAUGCAAUAAGAAGAAAUAGGUGCUCUCAAGAAGCUCCUUUAAUGACUCAUUUUGACUCCACCAGAUUGAGGUCAAAUUCCAUCUCGAAGUUCUGGGUAAAUCAACAAUAAAUAAAAUGGUAGAAGUUCUAAAUCUGUAUAACAUAACACAUAAUAGGAUGGUACAGAUCAAAGCCUUUUUUAUUGAGCCUGCAGUUCUGGCUGGGAUUUGUUGUUAAACUUACAUUUUGAUGUACAAUAAAAUGUUUUUCUUACAGUAA